GGAUGGACAGAGGUGGUGUGCUCUAUUUUAAGCGAAACACACUUUCCCUAAGGGGAUGAUGCUGAAAUAGCGACACGACUACAAACAAACUGUGGCCAGCUUCUUUGGUGGAAAUACGGAAAAUCGCGAACUAGCCGCGUGUGUUCGCGUGUGUUGGAGAUGGAAAACACGUGCGUGCAGACUGCGAAUGUGUGAAAACGCUAAAUGAAAAUGUCGAAAAAACGAAAAUUCAAACGAACUGUCUGGAGAUAAUCCACGCGAAAUCAUGAGUUUUCAAAUUAGUUAAAAAUCUCACAGUAGUAGUGCUAUAGUUAUUUAAGAGACAAACCGCAAUGUUAUCGCAUUCGGCAUGGCCCCAUCGCAUGUCGCCAUCUACGACGCGAAUUCUCGGCACUACGAUGUCCCUAGCGCAAUCGGAGGAAUCGGGAAUUGAACCGGGACAUUUGGCCACAAUUACUGGAUCGUUGGCUUCGUUUCGAGAGCCCGACGACAUCGAUCCCGUUUAUGAUACCGAUAACACCGAUCUGGGAAGCGAAACCGAUGAAAACGAAUUGAAAAGAGAGCUACUGAGGGAUCAAUGGCGUCAGUUCUUCGAUCAAUUCGAUCGCGAAGGGUUUGGCGAAAUACCGUGGCCCGAUUUGGUAACCGCUUUGGGACAGCCGGAGUUUCGACAAAGGGUGGGAACGGGAAAAAGCGAAGUGCUACUGGAAAAAGCUCGCACGGCGACAACUCCAGCGAUCACGUUUCAAGAUUUCGUUAAUGUGAUGACAGGGAAACGAUCUAGAAGCUUUAAAUGUGCGGUCCAUCACAGGGACCGUGAGGUGUCAUCCGAAAACGACUUCCAUCUACUUCUGGUCGAACCUCCACUAUUUCGAAGGAUGGUUCAGAUAAUAGCAGAGGAAUUUCUAACGGAUGAAAGAGACCGGAAGUACUACGCUGAUCACUACACCUGUUGUCCACCGCCGCUGUUUAUAAUUAUUAUAACUCUUGUGGAGUUGGGAUUCUUCGUAUAUUAUUCGGUUAAUACGGGAGAAUUAAAUCCGGCAGGUCCGGUACCGAUAGACUCGAUAUUCAUCUAUAGGCCAGAUAAACGAAUUGAAAUAUGGAGGUUUCUACUGUAUAUGAUGCUGCACGCAGGAUGGCUGCAUUUAGGAUUUAAUCUUGUAGUUCAACUUCUGGUCGGGCUGCCGUUGGAGAUGGUACACGGAUCGGGGAGGGUGGCGCUGAUUUAUAUGGCCGGCGUCGCCGCCGGAUCGCUUGGGACGUCCGUGUUCGAUACGGAUGUGUAUCUGGUCGGUGCGUCGGGAGGUGUUUACGCACUUCUCGCGGCGCAUUUAGCUAAUGUAUUGUUAAAUUACAAUAAUAUGCAGUGUGGGAUUUUAAGACUGUUUGGCAUUUUUGCUAUUGCAUCGUGCGAUGUGGGGUAUGCGAUUUACUCGAGGUACGCCGCCGAAACCAUGGGACCGCCAGUUUCGUACGUUGCCCAUUUAACUGGAGCACUUGCGGGUCUAACGAUAGGCUUGCUGGUGUUGAAAAAUUUCGAACAAAAGUUACACGAGCAGUUACUGUGGUGGAUCGCGUUAGGUGUAUAUGCGGCUUGCACGAUAUUCGCCAUUCUCUUCAACAUCAUGAAUCCGACAGUGGAUCCCAUUCAAAAUGUUGGAGAUGGCGUUAAUACUCAGUAUAUCUACAAUAAAUUUGGUGUAUAGCCGUUGCUUGUUAUGUGAAUAUGAAAUAUUUAUUUGAUUUAAUUCUUAAGAUAUGUUAGUCAGGUGAAAAUGUUGUUAAUUGAGCAAGAAUCCGUCUUUUUCAUGUAUUUUGGUUGUGUGUAAAUAUUUAAGAGUGUACAUAUUAUUUAAUUUAUAUUUAUUUACUGUUCGUACCAAAGACUGAAGUGAAUUAUUAAUUAUGUACAAUUAAGUAUGUAAUGGGGUGGUCUAGUUUUCAUUGUUUCUCUGGAAAUGUUCACUUUUUGCAAUAGUUGUACCUAUACUCAUGUAGAUUUACCCUGUACAUACACGGAAACUAUUAUCGAUAUUUCGAUAGUGGUUGCUGGUUGUAACGUAUUUUAAUGUACGAGUGAUAUGUUAAGCUAGUCACACACAUAGUAAAACAGUGAAGCCUACCAAAGAGAGUGCUAGUUUACAUUUAUUAUAAACCUACACAGGGCCUUAUAGAGUAAUAAACAAAGUUCACUAGAAUUUAUAGUUAUAUUUUCACAUUAGACACAUCAAAGUUGUAUUUUUUACACCACUCAGGUAGAUUUAUCACUAACCUUUGUAAGAAAUCAGAACUGAAUUAUGUAGACUUAGUAUAUUCCAUUUUUGUUAUAAAUUGUGUUUUUCACUCACUUUUACAUACUGCCGAAAAUUAUAGCAAACUUUAGUAAAUAAUUUAUUGAAA